AUGAAGCAUCUUCUUGCCCAAUUCCCAUCCAUUUUGGCCAUUUAUUGCUUCUGCCUACUACAGAUUCCCUCCUCAGGAUUUCCUCGACCUUUAGCUGCUCCUCCAGAUGGCUUGAAUAUCGUGAAGCUUGAGCGGCUGGCAUAUUGGGCAACUCUUUCUAGACAACCUAAGGAUAAUCAAGACAUAUACAGAAGGUUUUCAUUUCAUUACUCCAGAACUCAGAAGCCGACGCAUCCAGUUAAAACCGGGUUUCCUCCUGUGAAUUCUCUAAUGCGUCUGGCUGCUAAGCUGGCCAACCAAAGGAUGAAAAGAUUUCGGCAGCGCGAUCACACUGCCACCUUGGAAAGACCAUUUUUCCUUUUCAGGCCAAGGAAUGGAAGAAACCUUGACCUUAGCACCUGGUAG